AUGGCACCAAUUCUCAACUUCGCGCUCGCUCUUGCGAUGCCUAUCCUUUCAUUGGCUGCUGCCCUUCCAACCGGAGCUGAUCUCGAAAACCGUGCUACUACUCUUGGGGGAACUCCAGAUAUUGUCGGAGGAACCACCGCUGCUCUUGGUGAAUUCCCCUACAUUGUCAGCUUGUCCUCCAGUGGUUCUCACUUCUGUGGUGGUGUCUUGCUCAACGCCUACACCGUCCUUACUGCAGCCCAUUGCUCUGUCAGCUACUCAGCUUCCUCAGUCAAAGUCCGUGCUGGAACUUUGACCUGGGCGUCUGGCGGAACUCAAGUUGGUGUCAGCAAGGUUGUAGUCCACCCGUCCUACAAUUCAUCUACCACCAACAACGACAUUGCACUCUGGCAUUUGUCGACUGCUCUUCCAGCCAGCUCCAUCAUCGGCUACGCCAAGUUGCCCGUUCAAGGUUCCGAUCCCGUCGUUGGAUCUACCACCACCGUUGCAGGAUGGGGUCUUUUGACUGAGAACGGAUCUACAUUGCCAUCGACUUUGAGAAAGGUCUCGGUUCCAGUUAUCUCCCGUGCUUCUUGCCAAGCUGAGUAUGGUACAUCUGCCGUUACCACCAACAUGUGGUGUGCAGGGUAUGCUGCAGGUGGCAAAGAUUCCUGCUCUGGCGACUCCGGUGGACCAAUCAUCGAUGCUGCCACUGGUGUCUUGGAGGGUACUGUCUCCUGGGGUCAAGGUUGUGCUGAGGCUGGUUACGCUGGUGUCUACGCCAGAGUUGGUAACUAUGUUACUUACAUCAACUCCAACCUCUGA